AUGGCUCGACACUUCGAGCUCAACGUGACGUCAGUCAUGUGGCUCAACAAGCGCUUCCUUGAUAGCGAAGUUGAUUAUCUUCAACGUGUCGUCGAGUCAGCUAUUGCACCGUAUUCGACGUUAAGUCAGUACUGUACUGCUAAAGCUGCGCGGAAGAUGCACUUCCGAGUCCUUGCUACGGAACAAGCGGCUUGCAACAAAGUGCGAGUGUUCUCAUACGCUCCUGGCGCCAUGGACACGGAAAUGCAGCAAAGUAUGCGGGAAUCGCCUCUAUGGGCACCGGAAUUGACACAUUGGUUCGUGAAGAUGAAGGAGGAAGGAACACUGAUACCGAUACAGCAAUCGUCGCAGCGUGCGCUGUCAACGGAGACGUUGAGUCUGGGAAAUAUGUCUCCUUUGAACGAGCAAGACGUCCGACUGCCAAUCGACGAGCUCCAAGUCGCGACUGGCCUUGGUCAUGUAAAAGUAUUGAUAAAUCACGUGGGGCUGGACAAGUCCAGCAUUCGAUAG